AUGGAGGAUGCUGGAAACCAGAAGACUGAAUUAGACAACAUUCCUGACACACCGAGAGAGGCCAGGGUGAAGAUGCGUAGGAAAAAAUUGAAGACGGAGACGGAGGAGGGACAAGAGUCUUGUCCUCAGGUGAUAGUGCCUCUUGAAGUGGUUCCUGUACCCGAGGAGCGGAUGCCCGCCCUUACUGAACCGCCUGUCCUCUAUGAAGAGGUCAGCACGACGGUUGUGACCACAACCACCUCUGAGGCAGUGUUGGCCUCUUGGUCGAGGAUUGCAGCCAAUGCUAACAAGAAUGUGGCCCUGCCCCUGCAGUCCAUUAAAACACCCGAGACAAACGGGGAUCUGUGGUGUGUGGUCCAUGGGAGAAGCCUUCCAGCAGACUCAAGAGGUUGGGUUCGGCUUCAGUUCCACGCUGGACAAGCCUGGGUACCUGAGAAGAAGGGGAAAGUGAUUGUCCUCUUCCUGCUGCCAGCCUGCCCCUUUCCGCCCCCACACCUGGAGGGUAGCAUGCUGUGCCCCACGUGUGUUCACAAGAACAAGAUCCUCAAUAAGAGCCUCCAAGGAUAAAGGGAAUCUCAGGUGUGGGUAGCUGCUGUCAUUACCUACUCCUUGGAGUGAGAUAUGGAACUGCAGCCAAGACCGAGACUGAUGGGAAUUCACACCUGUGCCCUUGAGGGUGCCAGGAUCAGCCAGAAGCCAUGAGGCCUUGUUUGUUAUUUGUUGCUGCAGUACUAGCAGCUUGGAAAAAGAGCUACCAAAACACAGCAGGUCCACCUCUUCCUUGUGAGGACUGCAUACUCUUAAGUGACUCUGCCUUUUACUGUUGUGUGAAAAUAAGGUUUUGCUGGGGUGGGAACUGGCCAGAUACAGUUCUUACUUGUACUGCCACCGCCACAACGGGGUCAUAGGCAGUUCUGUGGUCCCCUGUAAAGAUUUAGCUUAUGAUUGUAGCCUCUGCAUGUCCCCUUUCCUGGGUUGUAGUAUGUUUGUUAGUGUGUAGUGCUUGGGUUUGUUUUCUAUUGUUGCAGUAUUAAACCAAAUCUGGUUU